GCGCGAGUUUAUUUUCAGUCAGCAUAUUACAUAUAGCCCCGCUCAGCUGUCUCUUGCUAAAUGUUUCCUCUAAAUCUUCGCCAAGAUCAGAUUGAGAGCUGGAGCUAUCAAUUAACUGCGUGCUUUUCAGUCAGAUCCUUGAGCUUCAGCUAUUUCCCCAGAUAAAGCAGUGUGAGCAAUUGAGCUGUUAAGAUUCUGACUGGUUGGAGUGUUAGACUAUGGAACUAAGGAAAGCUGGCACUUCUUUGCACUUUAUCGAAACUAUAAGGGAUGGGUUGGUUGUAAAGAUGUGCAAUAGAAAUGGAAAACCAGCUCUUAAUUUCAAAUAUCUGGAUGAGAUUUAUGAAAGCAGAGGAUUGAAACCCUCUUUCACUCUCAAUUCUGCAGAAAAGUGUGUCAAGAGUGAUAACCAAUUACCGCUGCCAUUUGCAGACAGAAUAUUAAGUGAAAACAUUGAGUUUGUUUCAAGUGGCAGUGGCAGUGAAAGUGACUCGGACAACGAUGUAUGUGUGGGUAUGACUCUAAAACAAGUCAAGGAGAGGUGCAAAACCAAGAAAAGGAAACUUCGGAGUCUUUCUUAUAUUAUUCGAGAACAGGAAGUCUUUAAUUGUGAUGAAGAGGAAGAUGAAGAUCUCAAUGUUCCACUCAGUGUUUUCAAAACAAAAGUAUCAAAAAUGAAGAGGGCAUGCAUCGAUGGGAACACAUAUCCUUCUUCAGAAACUGCUAUAUUGAACCCAACAGAACAUAUCAUUGGACUUGAUUGCACCGUACAACUCAAUGGGGAAUCAGCUUCUUUAGUUCCAACUGUCAAAUAUGAAGUUCUUGAAGAGGAUUUCACUGGGAACCAAUGCAUAGAUUCUUUAAUUGAUUGCUCCUCCUUUAACUGCGAUGAAGAAUCGAGUUGCAGUGGGUCAAUACUUGGUGAAGUUCCUGGUGCGGUUGAAGUUCAAGAAAACAUGAGUAUGUUGUUUGCUGAAGAACAACUAUGUUGUAAUCUUAAUGAAAUGUCAACGAAUUAUGACUUGGACUGUGCUGAGACUGAUAUUCACUUGAUUGAAGUUGAAGCUGGGGAAGAAAUGUGUUCAAGUCAGGAAAAUGAUAUUACAACUAGCCCUAUUGAAACAACUUCCCCCAGUGGUUUCCAGGCUAACUCAAGCUCUAAUCAUGUUUUAAAAUCUCCAGAAGAUGGUGGUGCCUCUUCUUUGAUCCAGCUUCCAAAAUAUUCCUCUGCUGAUACAAGAAAUAGUUGUUUGAAUACCUAUGUAUUACAAGAUGAGUUGUUGACAUUGAAAACAUUGGAAGACAAUAAAUCUUCAGAAAUGGUUGAUGAAAUAAUAGAUCCCAGCAUUGAAACUCAACCAUCAAAUCAAAUCUCACCGGAACUGCUACAACCUCCUCAAAGGUUUCCUUCUCUGCGAAAGGCUAUGUCCCCAGCUUCCCAAAAAAGGCUUUGUUGGGAAAUGAAAUCUGCAAAUUGCUUUGAUGAAGCCGAGAUUGGCAUAAAACCUGUGCUUGGGCAAAAUGAAAAUUAUAAGCCAUCUGAUCAGGCUUGCCAACCUAGAGUUACUAUAAGGCGUGAGCAGAUCAAGAGAAAAUUUAAGAAGAAUAGCCACCAAGGAUUCCCACAUAGAGGCAAUUUGGAUGGCCCAAUGUUUUCUCGAUCUCUACCUCAACUUAGCAGUGGAUCGGCCUCCAUUGACAGCUGUUCGAACAGUGCAAUAACAUUUUCUCAGCGGCAGAUGCAUGAUUUUGAGUCUCUUGCAAUGAAACUAUUGUAUGAGUUGAAAUCCAUGAAAGACGUGGUUGAAGAAAAGUUGCUUUUCAAAGCUUAUCGCAGUGUUUGUGGGAAAAAUGAAGUAGAUGAGGUGAGAAACACAAUUAAUAACACUAAGAAAGUUGAGGAAACAGCAAGAAAGUGGAUGUCCAUGAUGUCAAGGGACUGCACCCGCUUCUGUAAACUCAUGGAAAUACAGAAACAGAGUCAAAAUGAUUCAACUUCUAAGGGCACAGAUCAAAGGGAUAGGAAGAUUACUUUCGCUGAUGAAGCUGGUGGUAUGCUUUGUAGUGUGAACUACUUCGAUGCUGUAAGCUCUCCACUACUGCCAUGUGGUGAUGAAAACCAAGACGAGCAAGACCCUAUAGGCUUGUGAAAUUACACUCACAUUUGAAAUUUAUUCCUCCCCUCUGAUCCAUUUUUCUGGCAAAGCAAAAGAGAUGGAGCAUCCUGAUGGAGGCUUUUUCAUCGGUUUCAUCUAUGCAACUCUGGUUCAGCUUAAUUAAUCAUUGUCUUACUCCUAGUUCAGUCCAAAGUAUAGGUUCGUGAAUUGGAUAGUCCAAUCGAGAGAACAUAGUACUUAGGUGCCAAAAGUUUGUAGAACUGCUGUGCAAAUGAUUUGAAACAUUUGCAUUGCUACGUACUGUUCCCAUCAGGUCAUCCGGGAGGGCUUACGCAAAUUACAUCUUACAGUCAGUUGUACCAUGCGCACAGUAAAGCUGGGCUUUUUAGGCUUUUUGCGCUUCUUGUUCUCGCACUAGCUUCGCACCAGACCUUCGCACCGGAUUUCGCACAUGAUUUCGCACCAGACGUUUUCGCACAAGACUUCGCAUCUUGCUUCUUCAAUCUCGUUGGGCUUCUUUGAUCAGAUUUUGCACCAAUAACUCGUCCCCAAAGUUCACCACUCACCCCUUUCCCCACCCUACUUACCUCUCCUCCCUAUGUUUUUCUUUCCGGUGUAAUUGGUGGUGUAGGAGACAAGGUGGGCCUACUUUGUUGCUGAGGAAUCAUUGUUGCUAUUAUUCUCAAAUUAAUUUUACAUUAAACUCAAAUGAGUAUAUGCCUAAAAGGAAUGAACAUACACAAAUGAAUACAACGUUCAAAAUGAAUGAGUAUA